CAGAGGGGCACAUUAAAAAUAGUCAAAAAUGAUAUUUAAGCAUUCAAAACCUUUAUUUUGGCUAAAAGUCUCAUAUUUGGAAGAACUACAUUGAUUGAAGCAAUGAGACUUACCACAUUUGUCUUUUUUUGCACAAUCACUUUUUUUUAUUUUGAAAGUACAGUACAGUGAGAAUGAUCUUUAUAUUUAGCUUUUAUUGCACAAUUAAACUAUUAUACAAUGUAACAUUCUGGGUUCCUUUUGUGUACAAUGAGAUAUUGUUUGAACAAAAAAUUGGUAAGAAUUGUUCUGUCGUUCAUCGUUAUAAAUUGAUCAUUUUAAUAUUAAUUUGACACAGGGGCCACAGCAGGGGCCGAGGGCUUCUCCACAGGGGCAGUGGCCCCUGGAGGCCCCUGGGUAGAACCGCCACUGCAUCAAAGGGUUAAUAUACAACGUGACACAUGUAAACAACAUCAGUCCAGUGACAGCCUCAGUGAUCCUCCUCCUGCUCCUCCUGCUCCUCCUGCUCCUCCUCUCUGAGUCUAGCUCACUGCGUGCUAACCGGCUGCAGCUAGCUAAACUAGUCACUACUCUCCGGAGGUAAAAGUGAGGCAGCUAUGAACCGACCAGGUUUUGGUGGAGCGUCAUCAUCUAUGAGCUUCUCCUCGAGGGUAACAGAAAAUGGAUGUUCAGCCUCAGAUCUAACAGACGAGGACAUCGACAAUCUACGCUAUGAACUUGCAAAGAUGGAGGAUGAAAUUCAGACCCUGCGGCAGGUGCUUUUGGUCAGAGAAAAAUAUGCAGCAGACAUCAGGAGGCAGCUGGGCAUGAGCCCUCUCAGUAACAUCAAACAGAGCCUGUCUAAAGGCUGGCAAGACGUCCAGACCUCAGGCCCAUAUCUCACAGCCUCCGCCACUUUGGAUGACAUCAGCCACAGCAACGUAUAUUUGAGGACACGGGACAGUCUCUCUCAUGCAGGGCAGGUGACAUCGUCUGCACUGUCCAAUAUGGGCGUGACCAUCACCAGGAGACUGGGAGAGAUGAGAGCUCUGCCUCUCCCAAGCCCACCACGCACGCUGAGCCACACCAUGAGUGUACCGACAAUGAGACAUUCCUCCACAUUCAAGUCUUUUGAGGAAAUGGUCGGAAAUGUGAAGGACAAAGUGACUGGCAGCCUGACAAAUAAUGGAGACACCGCUGGGUUUGAAAGAAGAUCGUCACGCACAUGAGAAAGACCCUUCUGACAUACCAAAGAUUUUUUUUUCAUAUCUUGUUAAGUUAUGAAAUAAUGUUGUUUUGCUCCCUUGUGCAUGUGAAUGUGUCCACUGUCAUUUAUUGUAGAAAUACAAUAUAACUAAUAGAAUGUAUUACAUUUUCAUAGUCUUUUAAUAUGUAA